UUCCGAAUAAACAUGUCUGCCAUUAAGUCACUGAAUCCAAAAGCUGAAGUUGCUAGGGCUGCUCAGGCCUUAGCAGUAAACAUUAGUGCCGCAAAGGGGCUUCAAGAUGUGCUUAAAACGAAUCUCGGUCCGAAAGGAACACUCAAAAUGUUGGUUUCUGGAUCUGGUGAUAUCAAACUAACCAAGGAUGGAAAUGUUCUUCUCCAUGAAAUGCAAAUCCAGCAUCCAACAGCUUCCCUGAUCGCUCGUGUGGCCACUGCUCAGGAUGAUAUUACUGGUGAUGGAACAACAUCCAAUGUUCUGAUCAUCGGAGAAUUGUUGAAACAGGCAGAUCUCUAUGUGUCUGAGGGACUCCACCCAAGGAUUAUUGCAGAAGGAUUUGAAUUGGCAAGAGAUAAGGCUCUUAAGGUCCUAGAUGACGUGAAGGUUAAACGGGAAGUUGAUCGUGAUAUGCUGAUACAGGUAGCACGGACUUCACUCCGUACCAAGGUGUAUAAUGACCUUGCUGACCUCCUAACAGAGCAUGUUGUGGAUGCUGUUCUGGCUAUCCAGAAACCCAACCAAGCCAUCGACCUCCACAUGGUUGAGAUCAUGGAGAUGCAACAUAAGACCGACAUGGACACCACGUUGGUGAGAGGUAUUGUAAUGGACCACGGUGCUCGACAUCCAGACAUGAAGAAACGCUCCGAGGAUUGCUUCAUCCUCACCUGUAAUGUGUCAUUGGAGUAUGAAAAAACUGAAGUCAACUCAACAUUCUUCUACAAAACUGCUGAAGAACGUGAGAAAUUGGUAAAAGCUGAGAGGGAGUUCAUUGAUGAGAGAGUCCGCAAGAUCAUUGCUCUGAAAAAACAGGUCUGUGCAGAAAACAACUGUGGAUUCAUCGUAAUCAACCAGAAGGGUAUUGAUCCCUUGUCAUUGGACAUGAUGGCUAAGGAAGGAAUUGUCGGACUGAGGCGAGCGAAGAGGAGGAACAUGGAACGACUUUCCCUGGCCUGUGGAGGUAUUGCUAUGAACUCUGUGGAUGACUUAACACCAGAUUGUCUUGGAUACGCUGGUCUUGUUUAUGAACAAGUCUUGGGAGAAGACAAAUACACCUUUGUUGAAGAGUGCAAGAAUCCGUCUUCUGUGACUUUGGUCCUUAAAGGACCUAAUAAACACACUUUGACCCAGAUCAAGGAUGCUGUCAGAGACGGGCUCCGGGCUGUCAAAAAUGCCAUUGAGGAUGCUUGUGUAAUCCCAGGAGCAGGAGCCUUUGAGAUUGCAGCUUACCAGGAAUUGAUGAAGUACAAGAGUGAAGUGAAGGGACGAGCUCGUUUAGGUGUUCAAGCCUUUGCUGAUGCUCUUCUGAUCAUUGUAAAAGUCUUGGCAGUCAACUCAGGCCUUGACCCUCAGGAGUCUAUUGUUAAACUUCAGGAGGAAUAUACUGACCCAAGUCAGGCUGUAGGACUGGACAUAAAAACAGGUGAAGCCUUGAUACCAAUGGACUCUGGUAUUGUCGACAACUACAGAGUAAAGAAACAGCUCCUACACUCCUGUACUGUGAUAGCAACCAACCUGUUAUUGGUGGAUGAGAUCAUGAGAGCAGGCAUGACAUCAUUAAAGGGAUCUUAGCACUAGUCAUCUACAUCAUCCUCUUUUUCUGUGUGCCCACCUGUGUUUGUCUCAUAUGCUUCUUAAUUUAUAUAACCAAAUAAAGAUAUUGUCAAAGAUUCUGAUUUAAAAUGACUUGAAAUAUAGAUUUAUGACUGUAACAACUAGAAAUGUUCCAGGUUUAGACAACAUAAAUUAAAACAUGUCUUGGUAAGCUACCUUUUAUCUGAAAUAGUAAAAAUAAUGUUUUAAAAAAUGCCUGUUUAAGAUCAACAAAAAGGAUGUCUAAUAGACUAGUCUGAAGAAAUAUUAAAGAAAUGUUUUCGAUAGGUGUUUUUUUCCCCAAACAAUCCUUUUUUUUUUUCAAAUAAUCCAAUAGGUUAACUGAUAACAAAAAUGAAAUUAUCGAUUUUGGAAUUCUCCUGUGCAGAUCUGUCAACAUAUGAACAAAUAGUAACUAUUUAAAAGAAAUCCUUCUUGUGUUGAAGUGCUUAAUAUUGAACAAAGGUAUUGAAUAUUAUUAACCUUAUAUAAAAGGUAUUGAACAAUAUAAAGAAGCAAUAUCACCUUGAUGCUGUCAUGUGUGUUUGUAAUAAAACAUUUGCUUUCAUUUA